AUGGCCCAAGACCUCAGUUUCAACCCUGUCAUCAAGAAAAAUAUCAAUCUUGAGACCCCAAUUAUUGACCCGGAAUUUGAGACUCUGAGGUCCAAAUUUAAUGGUUAUCAUAUUUAUGUAGCGGGUCAUGUGCUGGUUUAUCAAAGCUACAAUGAUUUCUUUGAGAAAUCCGGUGUAUAUUUGGACCAGUUGUUUGUGAGGAAUUGUUAUAGGGGUUUGGGUUUUGGGAAAAUGUUAUUUUCUGCUGUUGCAUCGGAUGCUGCAAGUAAUGGAAUGGGGAUGGUUGAUUCGCUGGUGGCUGAUUGGAAUGAAAAGAGUAUGAAAUUUACGAGAAAAUGGGAGCUCAUUACAUUCCUGAAUAUAGACUUUGCAAAUUGUAUGGCAGCAACCUUACAGCUGUGGGGAGCUGACAUGUACAGUCACCACGGGAACUGGUAG